AAGUACUUGCUCCUGUUAUUGGGUCACGUGACCCGUCAGAGCUGUCAGAAAGUGCUAGACGAGAGUAGGACUACUACUCUUGUCCCCAGCAUCUCCGCGUUUCGGAGUGAAAAAUCGGUCAUAUAAAGUCUAUUUGUGUACUUCACAUGCAACAGACAUAUAUGUUGCCUAUUAGAGCACAGCGAAGCUCUAUGCUUCAUGCCAGAGGGUAAGUCUUCUGCUGACUAUCUCAGACAUGGAUCAGGUCCUACAUCCACACCUUUGUCUUUCCAUCCUGGCUACAGUUCUGAAGUAACCCCUUGGAGUGGUGAUGGCACCCCCUCCAGGGAUAGUAGUAAUGAACCCAUCAGCCAAGAAUGGAGACAAGCCACACACCAGAACAGCGCUCGUAUACCUGAUCAUUUUCUAGAAUCUGCACCUCCCCUGUUUUCAGCUUUAGAUUCAGCAAAUUUUUACACAAAUUUAUCAUUUGAUCAGCUUGAUUUAGAUGAAUCCACAUCAGUAACCAGUCCAUUUUCCAUUCCUAUCGGACGACGUGAUUCAAGUCCAAACUAUGGCCUUUCUCCUUCUUCUCUUCUCUACAAAUACUCCAACAUUGCAGGCAUGCCAGAGAUGGACAACAGAACAGUUUUGUCUUCUGUUCAUGAUGAGGCAAACACAAUAAACUCAACCACCACAGCCGCAACUCAUACAUGUAAAAAGCCAGUUAGUAUUGCAAUGUCGGAACAUUCGACCAUCAGGAGCCCUGGCCAAGGAGCUGAAUGUAACCUGACAUCAGGCUUUCCGAUUCAUGAUCAUACUACACAUAUUACGGAUGCAAGUCAAAGCCAACCUUACAAGUCCAUGUUUACGAAAUCGCCAGGUUUUGACACCACACACUUUCCCACGGCAGCUGAUGCCAUAUUUCACAUGCACGCUUGUGACGACCAGUCUUUUGCCGACUCUGUUGACAAUCUAACCCCCUUUCCGCCACACAGUUCUGGUAUUCAGGAUAUGGACACUUUAGAUAUUGCAUACCCGCAGAGAGCACUUAGAAAAGUUGCAGAAAAUUUUCAACGCGACCAAAAUGACCUUAUCUUUCCAGCUCAAAAGAAGCCAGAUGAAUCGUUGUUUUCUGCAAGUACUAAACAAGACAGCACUUUCCAACAACCAUUUUGUCCGACUGUAGAUGAUAUUGGCCCUAAUUAUUUUGACAGCUUCUACGACAAUCCACAAAUUUUUCCUGCAAGUUCUUCUGAUUCUGCUCCCACCUUUGGACAGCAAGUCUUGAACAAAAAUUACUGCUCUGAAACGGACUCGGCUUUGUUGGACGUUUUCUUCCAGGAGGAUUCAGAUUUGAUGUACGAUGAUAGCAGUCAAGGUUUUCCAAUGAAAAACACCAUGGAUGCCUCUGAAUAUGUUGAAGUUGAUAACCCAAAUGCUUUUCAUGGGAAUAAGAAAUAUGUUAGAUCUACAUUGAACCAGCAUGUAUCCCGUCCAACAAAGCUACAGACUGCAGAGUCAACAAAGGUAGUAGCGGAAUUACUGGCGGGACUUCUGGACGAUGUAGAUGUUCCAUAUUACAUGAAUGAAAUCGAAUCUGGUGUAACAAGCACACCAGAUGGGAAAGAAGUGUCUUUUCUCUGUGAGCCAUCCAGUUUGUCUAUGGCAAACUCCUGGAUUCUAUCUGAUGAGAAAAAUGGUCUAAGGACAGACAGAAAUCAAGUUGAUAUGGAACAGGGAUUUGAGCAGAAUAGAGACCAUCAGGCAGAGAACAGUGAAAUGGCAUUCAGUUCUAGUUGUUCAGAUUCUAAUUCUAUUGUUUCUUCUAUUUCUUCGUCAUUUCCUUGUCAAAGUGCAUAUUGUGAAAGUUUUAACAAGGCUAUGAGACUUCCAGCACCGCCUCCCCCUCCUCCACCACCUAGAAUACCACCCCAGAAGGCAGUGACAGACACACCCACUCAUCCACAGGCUGUGGCAGCUGAUGUGGAACAGGAUAAUCUCCACAGGAAACUAACCAAGAUCAUAGAGGAGGGAACGAGUGCCGAGAACAGCCUAACCCUUGUGUGUCUGCACCAUAAUCAGGUGGUUCCCCUCAUGCAGGAGGGACCUUGCUGUGGACUUGUGGCUUUAGCGAUGGCAAAAGAUUUGAUGGAGAGAACUGAUGUUUCAUUUGAGGAUAUUCUUGCAACAAGUAAAAGCAGAGGAUAUACAAACCGUGGCGAGAUGUUCUCUGCCUUUGACAUGGGAGCCUUGGCGAGGGAGGUGUAUGGCUGUGAAUGUGAAGUCCUGGACAUGGAGACUACCGGAUCCAGAGAGCUUCUCCUGCGCCAUCUGGUGGGAGGCAACAUCUGUCUUGUUCCAUAUGAUGCGGAUGCAAACCAUGAACCUUGUAUGAAAAAGGGACAUAAGGCACAUUGGACUUUUCUAACAGGAAUCUUGUUUGUUAUACGUUCAUCUGAAGCUGCCAAACUUCCCAAUGACUUGGUUGUUGAUGAGAAUAUACCACAACUGUACCAUGUCCACAGCAAGACUACCUCAGAAACACUGCAACACAUACUACGCAUGGCUGACCGCAACAACAUCCUGGUGUAUGGGCGACAGGGCAAAAGUCGUCACACAGGGCUGUGGUCACUAGCAACACUGCUGACCAGUAAUGCUAAUCUGCUGGAGGUCAGUCCCCAGAGGGUGGGUGAAUCCUUAGAGGACUUCGUACUGCCUGAGGAUGGUAUUGUUCACACCCUUUGCAAUAAGAUUGUUAUUUUGUAUAAGUAAACAUUGUGUAUUGGCGUUAUUUUGUAUUUGGCUUGAAAUAUGGCGUGAAUAAAGUACAGCCAGGGACGUGACCAGGCGUACGCAGGGUCUUCCACGUAAACCCCCUCCCAAACCCACCCCCUACUCUGCGCUUCGUAUGCUUCCACAUACUCCUAGUCCUGGUUACGUCCCUGACAGCUAGGUUUUACCUCCUGUGGGUAUUUACUAUGUUGACAGAUUUCAUGGCCCUAUGUGGCUGCUGUAGACAUUCUGUUUGAAAUCAAUAGCAGUGUGAGCUACAUGAUAAACAGAAACUUUGCUCUUCAUAUAGCUCAAGAAUACAUAAUUGGAAAACCUUUCAUUAGUUAGAAAGAUUUCCAGAAGUUUCACUUGAGUGGUUUUAUUUUUAUUUUUCGACCAUUGUUUCCGAGUCAUGUCAGUUCCUGCUAUGGCGUUGUACGACAGCAUUUAUAUGAAGUCAUAUUAGUUAACGUGUUUUAUAUCACACACUCCCAUUUUGAACAAACUUCAUAGAUUAAAAGUAUUAUUUUUUAAAAGUUUUCAUUUCUAAUAAAUUAUUUUAAAAUUUU